GAAGUUUCAAUAAGUUCGAAGAACCUCGAAAAUUGUUUUAAAAACAAAUUCAGAACGACAAUUUUAACCACGAAAGCUUGAUGGAGUAUAUUCUGAGUGAUGGAAAAAACGAUCACUGAAGCUAAGAGAAUCGGUGCAUUCUACAACUUCUAUACACCUGUAGAAAAACGGAACAGUCUUACCAACAGUUUGCGUUGGUUUUUUGUUUUAGAUUUUGAAUCUACUUGUUUUGGUGAUGAUAGUAAACAACCUGCUGAAAUCAACUGGGAUAUAAGUACUUGUCUGUGGGAUGAGUGUCGACGGAAAAAGUUACCUCUUCCAGGUGAUAUGUUGAGUCGCAUAGAUUUAAAAGCAAUAUUUCAACAAUGGCUUGGCUCCCACAAAGUGGGACAGAAAUGGCGAGGUGGCUUGAAAGAUGCACUUCAUUUGAUCGGACUGCGUUUUGAAGGUCGACCACAUAGAGGAAUCGAUGAUGCUAAAAACACAGCUCGAUUACUUCUUCAUUUACUUUCGAAAAAUAUUCUUAACUUGACAGCUUCAUGAGAUCUUUUUAUAAAAAACAUCCAUAGAUCUUUUUCACAUUUUUAAUUCCUGUUCACUGCUAAUUUUUAUUUUUGAAUAAAUACUUAAUGAGAAUGAA